GCCUCGUACGCACCAAGUCCAUCCACAUCAUGGUCGCCGCCAUGUUGGACUCUGAAGUCGAAAAGCCUAAAAAAGCGAUUUGAGGACGCCGUUGUUUAUUUCCUCUGCGUAAAGUCAGUUUAUCCGGCAAAGUGUUAUUGUUUGUUUCAAACUGAUCCACGGAUCGCCGGAAUUUGCAAGUUGGUGGAAGGUUAGCGACAAACGAUCAUACAGCAUAGAAAACUGUUGGCGGAAUCUAGCUAAUCUGGCAUCACGCUCGCGCAACCGUCAUCAUGUAGAGACGGGAACUGACAGUAGCGUUCAGCUACGCGAGGAGCUCUUUCUCGAAGCGAUCGAAUUUUGUGAGCAGUCAAAACAGUUCGCGAUAAAAGAGAGACAAAGUGCCGGGAGCGAACACAGCACUGUAACAUUUUGAAAGUCAAGUGAAAUGUGAAAAAGACUGCUUCGAAAUUAACGCACAUCAUCAGGAGGGAGCGAGAAUUAAAGAACGGAUCUUAGCCAAAAAGCGCGCGCGAAUACAUCUGCGACAGAAACAAUCUAUCCGGUGUGAAUGUUGGAUCCGUAUCAACCAGCCAGUUGGUUUUCGUAUGAGCUUUGAUUAUUGAAGCGUGGGUGGAGUGUUUAUUGAAAGUUAAGUGCGAAACGGUUGGGAGGGGAGUUUCAAUAACUCUUGCCGAAAGAUAUUCAGUGCAACGCAAACAAUAUCAUGACGGCCAAUUCAGAUGCUGUUGGAUCGGAGCUUGUACCGGCUUCGUCGGCCAAGCACAACGCAAUAUUACGAUGGAAGCGAGUAACGAAUCCUAGCGGUCCCCAACCUAGACCACGGCAUGGGCAUCGUUCGGUUAACAUCAAGGAGCUGAUGGUUGUGUUUGGCGGAGGAAACGAAGGAAUUGUCGACGAAUUGCACGUUUACAACACAGCUACGAACCAAUGGUACGUUCCUGCAACAAAAGGAGACGUCCCACCAGGAUGCGCUGCUUACGGAUUUGUCGUCGAUGGGACACGAAUAUUAGUUUUCGGUGGUAUGGUGGAGUAUGGCAAGUACUCAAAUGAGCUAUAUGAGCUUCAAGCAACAAAAUGGGAGUGGAAAAAGCUGCGUCCCAAGCCACCAGAAUCGGGACCUCCGCCAUGCCGUCGCUUGGGUCAUAGUUUUACACUCGUCGGAGACAAGAUUUAUCUUUUCGGUGGACUUGCAAAUGAAAGCGAUGAUCCAAAAAAUAAUAUUCCCAAGUAUCUGAAUGAUUUAUAUAUUUUGGAAAUUAAAAAUAAUCAACUACAGUGGGAAAUACCGACAACCUUUGGCGAGAGUCCGCCUCCUCGAGAAUCGCACACGGCCGUCUCCUGGUAUGAUAAAAAACAGAAAAAGUUUUGGCUGGUAAUCUACGGAGGUAUGUCUGGUUGUCGACUCGGGGACCUCUGGCUGCUGGACACGGACACAAUGUCCUGGACAAGGCCUCGAACAAGUGGCCCGUUACCGUUGCCUCGUUCACUCCAUAGCUCAACCUUGAUCGGUAACAGGAUGUACGUGUUUGGCGGCUGGGUUCCACUAGUCCUGGAUGAUGUAAAGGUGGAAAAGCACGAAAAGGAGUGGAAGUGUACGAAUACACUUGCAUGCUUGAAUCUCGAAACUAUGACCUGGGAGGAACUGGAUCUGGACACCGACGAAGAGAACAUGCCACGCGCUCGAGCAGGUCACUGUGCCGUAGGAAUACACACCCGUCUUUAUAUAUGGUCGGGUCGUGACGGUUACAGAAAGGCCUGGAACAACCAGGUCAGGGUGUGUUGCAAAGAUCUGUGGUAUUUGGAGGUGGAACGUCCUGCAACAGCAUCUCGCGUGCAGCUAGUACGCGCGUCAACACACUCGCUCGAAGUAUGCUGGCAAGCGGUGCCAUCUGCUUCGUACUAUAUAUUAGAGGUGCAGAAGAUUCCUCAAGCUCCACCCCCACCGCCGCCAGCUCCAGUUGCCACGAAUACUACACCAGCAAUUGUUGCCUCUCCCUCUGGGGCAACCAUCAGCUCUCCAGCAUCCAACGCUGGUUCCAUGUCUCCUGCACAAAUUGUCAGUGGCAGCAUCGGUACAACAACCGGAGAACCUGCACUCCAACAGCCGAUCAUCAAACCGUUGGCUGGAAGAGUAUCAGGAACUACACCGACAACUAUUGCAGUACCGGCAGGCAGCAUUCAAUCGCCCACUUUGCAGAACCCAGUCGUCGCCCAAGCUGGUUUAGGGGCCAGUCCGAUUCACAAUCCGGCAGGAUUGCAGUCUCCUACGAACAGCAACAUAGGAGUGGCCACAUCACCAGCACACACAGUCACUUCUCCAGUGCAAAGAAUUGUCACUAAGGUACAGCCUGCGAAGCCGUUACAGACGGCUCAGAAAGUGCUCACCACUGGUUCACAGAUUUUGCAACAGCAACCGGCUCAAAUAGUUGCAUCUUCACAAGGGCAAUCGUCUGCUCAGACCAUCCAAACGGCCAUUGUUCAAACGAGCCAGGCACAACUGGCACAGUUGCAACAUCAACCACAAACGAUUCGUGUCGUCGCUACGGGCGGUACCGCCAUUUCCAACGCGCAACAACUGACAACUGGCACUGGCACUCCUAUUCGUGUGCUAUCCUCCACUGGACAGCAAUUGCGCAUCGGUACCGCUGCCACCGGAACGAUGCAACAAGCUGGACAAACUGCGGUACUUCGCACAGCUGGCCCGGGAAUUGUCUCCGGAGCCCAGUUACAAACGAUGCAGCAGCGUAUAGUCAGUGCUGCAUCAGGAAAUACUUCGACAACGGCGACCAUCGGCGGCAAACAAAUCAUUCUACAAAAACCGGUCACUAUAGUAAGCGGAGCAUCCGGUGCGGGAAGCACGGGAUCUAUUAAUACCGUUAACGCCAACCAGGCCCAAAUUUUGACGUUGGUCAAAACGAGCCAAGGCGUAACGAUGCAAACUGUACCCAAAAUGAGCGUGGUUCAGAAGACCACCGGAACGGUUGCUGGAUCAAUACACCAACCACAGCAACAGAUUAUUACGUCAAAUCUACUUGCCGGAACUGGCGGUACUGUCGUUCAGCAGGCAACGGUAGCUGGAACAACAUCUGGACAGAAGACGACCGUCAUUGGCGGAAAUGUGGUUAAACUGAUGUCCGGAUCCGGAACCAUUGGUGGUAAACAGAUACUGAUGAAGAACUCGAACAUUGUUCAAGUGGGAAAAGUGGGCACAAAUGCUACCGGUAAGCCGACUAUAGUGCUCACCAAUAAAGCAGGUCAAACGAUACGAGGAAAUCAGCAGGUGAUUGUGGUAACGACCCCACAGGGUAUUCGCACAGUUAGCGGCACAGUCACGUCGUCGGCCAGUAACUUUGUGACACUGUCAUCGUCACAGGUGCUGAACACUAUCACAACGACGAGAGCCACAAACAUUGGAGGAGCCACGGUCUUGCAAGCUGCUUCCGUACCGACUGCCAGUGGCACUGUUUCUACCCUUAAUGCAGGAACAGGGAAUAUCGUAGCAGCGUCGGUAGCGUCCGGCGGUACUACGACCACUAUCGGUGGACAAGCGAUAAAGCUACGCACGGUACAAGGAGGCAAACCGAUCACUUUCACUAUGCCAGUCGGGGGGCUUCAGGCCGGAGGACAGAAAAUCACGGGUACGCAAAUCAUCAACAUGCCACAAAAGCUAGUUAGCGGCAAAUCAGUUACUGUUCAGCUGACUCCGUCGGUUGGUGGUCAGAAAACAGUCACGAUUGUUCCGUCCGGCGCAUCUGGUACUACGGCGACAUCAGGCACUGUGACGGGCCAAGUUGGCGGGGGACAAAAAAUAUUAAUGCUACCGUCAAAAACGACGACUCGCAUCGUCACUCAGCAGCAAUAUCAGCAGAUACAGCUACAACAGCAGCAACAGUUGCAGCUUCAACAGCAGCAGCAGCAACAGCAGCAGCAACAACAACAACAGCAACAGUUACAACAGCAGCAACAGCAGCAACAGCAAGAACAUCAGGUAUCUACUGAUGCGGCGUUUGCUGCACUGGCAGCUGAAGCUGGCAUGAUGGAAACAGAUGGAGAAGGUAUGGAACAAUUGGACGGCUGUUUCGAUGUACAACUGGUCGAUGAACACGAUGAUGUCCAUAAUUUCGACGAAGUAGAUUUGUUGGAGCAGAUGGAAACCCAGACCCGCGAGACCGAAGUGGAGAUGGCGUGUAACGCGCACACGACCUUCCCGAAGGCUCUUCCUAUGUUUACAUUAGAACAACUUGACGGUGUUGAUGAUAGUGUUAUUACCAACAGAAACAACAUUAAAGAAGAAGCGGUGCCCUUGCAAAACGUAACUAUCCGUUACGUGAAACCGGGACUGUACGGCGGAUCAACGACAGUUGGGAUAGAAAGUAACAACAGUGUGUCCGGUGGUGAUGAUAGUGACUCCCAGAACGAUAACCUUGUUUCCGAUAACCAGGAAGAACAGCAGCAGGAGGUAAAUGAGAUGGAACAAAGCGAAGAGCAGCAAGCACACGAAAGCGAGAUGUUAGAAGGCAUGGAGGACGCUGCUGUUCAAGAAGAACAAGAAGAAACGCAUGUGGAUAACGCAUCAACUUCAGCGACAGCAGAAGGGGCAGAAGCACAGGCAUCGGCGGAAGGACCUGUAAUGAUAUCAGGCGAAGAUUUUGCAACAGAAGAGGAAGAUGGUAAUUUCGUUGCAGAGGAUAGCCAGGAACAUGAGGAAAUGACUGGUGUGAGUGAUGGAAUUAUCCCUACUGGAGAACCAGGUGACAACGACAAUGCCAAUGCCUCUGUGGAUGAGGAUAUGGAAGAGUCGGAAAGUCAUGCGCUUGAUUCUCUUUUGGAAGGCGAAUCGGCCGGGCAGUCGCAACAAGAAAUGUCUUUUGGUGGCGAACCAGAAGAGAUGCAAGCGAUGGAGCAACAGCACAGUGCCGGAUCGGAAGUCAGUGGCGAAGAAGGAACAACUAAUAUCGAGGAAACAAGUUCCGCUUUAGCCAUUCCUCAUGUUCCCAAAACUACCGUCGUUAGCGCUCCAACGGCAUCAGAAACAGAAGCAGCCAAUAUUCUCACGACAAUAAAAAGUGGAGAAAUUUUGUCGCUUCACAACGCCGAACUUCUGGCUGGUGGAAGUUCUGGAGCUGGGAAUGAAAAUAUAAUUCAGCUUGGUUCCGGUUCUGCGGCGACACUGCUGCAGUCGUCGGGCAGUGAGAAUGGCCAAACGAUCACAUUUAAAACCGAAAGCGGCGAGAACAGUGGGAUUCCGGUAGCCGCAACCGUAGCUGAUGGUGCAACAGUUACCCUGAGCGACGGCACCACCUUCGUGACACGACUUCAAACAGCGGGCGAACAGUCUGCGCUGGGGAUAGUGUCACACUCCAGCCCUGGCAAUAUCAAUUUGGUUGGUGCUGUUGUAAAGACGGAGGACAGCAACAACGCAUCAUCUACAACUGGUCAUCUGGAUGCGCUUGCUGAAGCGGCCGCUUCGGCAACCUCUGUAUUGCCUAGUGAGCUAAUGGGUGAUAUUCUGUCUUCUCCUACAUCCAACGUUUCGCAAACGUCGCAGCAAGGCGCAUCGAUUAAAUUCUUAGAUCCCGGAACGAAACAAUUCACCCUCGUUAUGCAGCAAGCUGGUGCGGAUGGUACCGGUUCGUCUGCUGCAGGGAUGGUGAAUAACAAUGGCAAUAGUGCGACACCGCCAUCUGGAAAGCAAACCAUUGGCAAAGCAGUCAUUCGAUCUAAUUCCGUUGGAAAGACAAAAGAGGAAAAAGACGAGAAAACGGUAAAACCGAAAGAUGAAUCUGAAAUCUGGCACACGGUGGGCAUCUUUAAAACGGUCAAUCAUACAGUUUCAAACUACGUCGAUGCGAGCGAAUGGGACAGUUCGAUCGAUGGCGAAAUGCUAUCCGCGGACAACAUACCCGAUUUAAGUGAGCUGAAGCGAAUCAAUCUGGAGCCCGGAUGCGCCUACCGGUUCCGCGUCGCGGCCAUUAAUAGUUGCGGCCGUGGUGAGUGGAGUGAUGCGACACCGUUCAAAACGUGCCUGCCCGGUUUCCCAGGCGCACCGUCAGCAAUAAAGAUUUCCAAAUCACCGGAGGGUGCGCACCUUUCGUGGGAACCACCGCCAUCCACUACGGGCGAUAUUCUGGAGUAUUCCGUCUAUCUGGCGAUCAAAUCGCAGAAUGCAACCAAGGACAAGGUGAGCACAACGGCGGCCCAGCUGGCCUUUGUGCGCGUAUACUGUGGAUCGAACAAUCAGUGCACAGUGGCGAACCAGUCCCUGCAGACGGCGCAUGUGGAUUUCACUUCGAAACCGGCCAUCAUUUUCCGUAUUGCUGCACGCAACGAUAAAGGAUACGGACCAGCAACGCAGGUCAGGUGGCUACAAGACCCGCAGCUGUCUAAAUCCACAACCGGGAUGGGUGGAACACCGGGGGUAGCGGGUCAGACCGGCGGCAUAGUUGGUAAGCGGUUGACCGACAAGUCCGCUACAAUUGUCGCUAACAAACGGGUCAAACUUGGUGCGCCAACUGCGGGAACGACCAACUCGUCGAUGAUGGUUUCACCCCAACACCACCAUUGAAAGUUGAUCGGAUUAUCGUCUCACGAGCUACUACUGGAUGAUAUAGGGGAUAAAGAGACCCAUAAACACAUCUCCAUGAGAUUGAUGUGCCGUUGCAACAUGAUCGCGUUAGGAGACCGAACGAACGGAAUAGAAAACGUGAACAAAGUAAGCAUGUUUUAAAAUGAUAUUUCAUGUCUCCCCUUGUGUCGUACGCGAAGUAUGUCAAUGGUUGAAACAAAAAAAAAAAACAAACAAAAACGUAACGUAAUGUGGUCGAUAGGGUAAAAAAGUACAGGAAAAGAAAAACAAAACAAUAUGUUACUAUCGUAGAUUUUGAUUUCUGCUUCUACCUAGUGUCUACCUAGUAAUGUCGUAUUUUUAAAAGCCUUACAUUUUAAAUUUUAGUUGUAAGUGCAAUUGACAGUAGUAGUUGUGGCAUUGCAAAGGCUCUCGGUAGGCUCUCCAAACUUCUUAUUGUGUCAUUUUAUCCCAUUAAUUGCCUUUACCGCCACGUAUAGCACAUGAUGAUGAUGAUGAUGAUGAUGAUAGUGAACACAACAGCAGCAUAUUUACAUAUGUUUGAAAGUAGUAAUUGUACACCGAGAAACGGCGUGGUUAUUACACAUCUCAAGGGUUGAAGGAUUAUUUUCUGUAAACAAGCGAACUUUUCAUUGCAACACUAGUAAAUGCUUAACAUGGAUUUAACAGAACGUGUCACGUAUAUGAUGCUUUUGAUUCCACUAAACAUUGAUCGGCGGUUUCCUUAGACACACAGACAGAAUGAAGUAAUGCUGGGCUAGGUUGUAUGUAAAUAUAACCGAAUUUUUUUACCCAUUUGUGCGUAAUAUUGCAGAAAAACAAUGCUUCAAAUGAAAAAAGUGCCGCCUAUCACCACUCACACAUUAGUCACACGAGCGUGAAAAUGAAAGACAACACACACACAUCCUGCCUUUUGCUUCCAUUUAGUUGUAUUGUUUACAAUUUAUCAAAAAUUUAGCAUUAUAACGUUAAAAGAAACCAAUGCAAACUGUUCAUCCGGUCGCGCCCAACGUAUAAUGUGAUCAGCCAAAGGCAAUCAUUGCCAAAAGAUUACAAUUGUGCCGGCGGCACACACACAAAAACACACGCGAUCGACUUUCUCUUAUUAUUAUAGAGCAGAAAGCAAGGUAAAAGGUUAGAUAAUAAAAAAAAAACCCCGACACAGUAGGGAAAUUAGAAAAUCAAACACAUGCGCUUGGCAUGCAUCCCUCGUGUGCCGCGUAUGAUCGAAAUAUUCAUCUUAAAAUCGACAUUUUUUGUACUAAAGCAGCUGGUAGGGCGGCGCUUGAAAUAUGUAAUAUCAUUAAUACAACCAGAGACAAGAAAACGCAAUCGGCAAGCGUUUCUGCAAAGUGCAAAGAUAAAGUGGUUCUUUCCGCAUGAAUGUCGUCAGAGGAGGUGGUGUGUACUGUGUGUUGUUCGGUGGCUUCUCUGCCAUAGCGCGCGCAGUCUACGCUAAGCAAUCGAUACUAAUAUAAAGGACACACAGAUAAGCGCACGUACAUGAGUGGUAACAAAUAGUACGUUGCGGUUUCUAGCGGUAAUAUCACUUAUAAAUACUACACACUUAUUGUGCGCUGGUUUCUCUGUGAAAUGAUGAUUUACAAUGUUUGUGUUUUUGUGUGACUUGUUGUGUACGACGAUGAUGGUGAAAGCAGCAUGCACAUAGAGAUAAUAACUUCAUGAUCAUCCUUUAGGGAGACACACAACUAGAAGGAGAAAAAACACGCGCGGGGACAUCAUGGAUAGGUUUAUGAACACUUUUAGCGAGCUAAUGCUGUAAAAUAACAUUGCAAAAAUAAAACAUAAAAUAAACAAGUAUCAAUCGUUGACCGAUAGAUGGAUGACAACAACAGUUAGUGAGGAGAGAAAGAUACACCAUCAAAAUAGGAUAAGGACGUUUCGGAAUGUACACGUGCGCGCGUUUGUGUGUGUGUGUGUGUGUGUGUGUGUGUGUGUGUGUGUGUGUGUGUGUGUGUGGCAAAAUAGACUAUCAUAUCGGUCAAAUAUUCGUUUUACUCUACCUGCUCAUUAUUGGCCCGUUGAUUGCUCUUGUAUAGAGAAGUGCUUGAUAGUGGGGAAGGAAACGUAGGGCGAGAACAGGACAAAUAGAAGAAGCAAUUUAAACUUCGAAUAUGAGGGAAAAUAGGGGGGGGGGGAUUUGUUUUACUACUUCCUGACCACAAAA